CCGUGUAAUGAGUUUACGGAUGAUCAGCUAUGGAACGCACUCGAGCAAACGUUCCUGAAAGAUAUGAUAAGCUCUUUGGAUAACAAGCUUGAAUCAAAUGUGACUGAAGGUGGUCGAAAUUUGUCUGUUGGUGAACGACAGUUGUUGUGCAUGGCUAGAGCAAUUUUGCGUAAAGUGCGAAUCGUCGUACUGGACGAAGCUACAGGCAGUUUGGACAAUAAUAUGGAUCGUUUACUGCAGAAAUGUCUUACUGAAGCACUUGCGGAUUGUACCGCACUCAUAAUUGCGCAUAGAAUUGAGAGUAUCCUGAAUAUGGAUAAACUCUUGUAUAUGAGUCAAGCAAAGCUAAAUAAUGAAUUACUAGACGGUAUUCCAUUGAUUUCUAAGAGUUGA